UUGAAUCUCAGGUUGGAAUCAGUACAUGGCAAGGCACCAGAAAGUGUAGCGCUAAAUCCCGUGGUGAAGACCGGUAGCAGCUUAGUGACUGGGUGACAAGGAUCUGCCCAAGAUGAAGCUCUUUCUGCCUCUUCUGUUGGUUGCCGUUGCUGGUGUGGAGUUUGCACAAACCUUGCAGUGUUACACCUGCCAUGAACCUACAGUAGCUGAGAAGUGCAUGAAGAUCCAGAAUUGUGCUAAGAAUGAAACCAUGUGCAAGACAACCAUGUAUUCCUUGGAGGAAGUUUAUCCUUUUGUGGGACUCUCAACUGUCACCAAGAUGUGCUCUUCAGUCUGCAUCCCAUCUGAUGCGGAUGGGAUUGGCAUGACACGCCCAGUCUCCUGCUGUUACUCCAACUUGUGCAACAUUGAUAGUGCAGCUAGUUUGAGAAUAAGCUUUGCGCCUGCUGGGAUGUUAGCAAGUGUCAUUUGUGGUCUCUUCUGGUCUAGACUGUGAGGAGCUGAGGAGGGCAUGUUUCUACCAAAGAACCCAAUGGGGAAUGAGACCCUGCCAGCCCAGCUUUCCAUUUGGAUGCCUCGUGGAGUACCUUCAGUGUCUCCCACAAACAGCGUUUUUAGUUCCUAACCUCCCUCCAUAAUCAGGAGGGAAGCAAAAAUUCAGGAAUUCCCAACAAAAUUUUUGAGGUUGAUUCUCCAAAUAUUCCCACAGAAAUAACUUUAUUUCCUUUGUUGGUUAGGUUGAUUUUGAACUAAAAAGUACGAUUUGUAUGGUAUAUUUAAAGCAAAAGACACAGAGCUAAGAGUUCCUUAGAAUGUUCUCUUCCCCACAUGUUCAUCAGCAGAAUAGCUGAACUGACCGAUCUUUUCAUAUGGAAUUCACUUUCAUGUAGCAGAUCCUUUCCAGCCCACAGUUUUGUGCUGGCCCUUUCUGCUGUCUAGAUUUCCUUCUUAGUGCAUAAGAAGUUUGAGACACAUUUCUAUGCUUCCAGAAUAUGAGAGAGGAGAUCAAUGACCUGAUCCAAGGAGGCUGAAAUACCUUUUGUUUUCUGUACCCU